AUGUCCGAACGCAGUUCUCAGGUUUUGAAGAGGAAGAUCCAAACCGAAACUACGCUCGCCGAGCGUGGUCUCAAGAAACUCGCCAUUGAUGCCUCUCAGCCAUCACAGAAGCCGAUGCGCGCACGGGGUGUACUGCAGCGUCGGGUUCACCAAAUUAGUGCAGAGCGAAGCCCGUACGCCCUCAUGUCAGACGAGAGACAUUCGGGCAGGUGCACUCGUAAGCUGAAGUCCUUGGAAGAGCUGGAGGACAAGCCUGAGUACCUUGCUGACCUGUUCUCUAGCACGCACGACUUGAUGACACAGAACUGGACGACACUCAGAAUCUAUACCACCAUCGAGCACGUCUCUGGCAACAAGUUCAAGCACUGCUACCAGAAAUUCGAACGGUCGCAGAUUGUCGGCAUAUUCACGGAGCUGUGUUGCGAGUACGAUGCUGCAGUCGCAAAACUCCAUCGCACCGGAUUCACCGUAGUAGAAAAUUGGUCGUCGUUUGCUCAAGAGCUCUUGCGCUGUGGAGAAGAUGCCGAUGUUGGUGAGUCGAAGGUGGUCGAGAUCAAGCCUGCGGAACCACACAGGACGCUGGCCUUGUUAGGAUGUGAGGGCGUGCGGGCCGUCGAACAUCGACUGCACACCCAGUGGGUGGAAGCCGAUGAUGCCGACGACCUGGAGCUUGAUAACAAGCUCGACAUGUCCCACGAGCCGGACACUAGUGAGGGCAGAGAAGAGGACGAUUGGGACAAGAUGGAUAUUGACUAG